GCAGAUUUGUAGCUAACAGCAGAAGAUGUACUUUGCCUUUGGAGUAGCAUUGACCUGUCUGUUGAACAUCUUAUGGAGCGAUGAAGCUGUGGAAGAGCUUUUAUUGACACCCACAUUUCAAGGUUCGUUUCUUGUACAGAAUUUCAAGACCAGGUAUUUUCGAGUUUAAAGAUGUUUUUGGAGAAGCAGUGGACUACAGUGAUGUAGUUACAAUAAUCAUGGAAAUCAACAAAGAUCUGGAUAGAGCUCAACGAGCAGUAAUAGCUGCUUCUAUGGCAGAGUUUGAGGCUUUGACAUGUGUCAGAUUUAAAUACAGAACAAGGGAAAUGACCUAUCUUGAGUUUAUUGAUGGGAUUGGAUGCUGGUCAUAUGUAGGGCCAGGAAAACAAAGAGCACAAGAAAUAUCUCUGCAGAAACCCCACUGUGUGCAAAUUGGUAUAAUACAGCAUCAGUUGAUGCAUGCACUUGGUUUUUAUCAUGAAAAUUGUAGAACUGAUCGUGAUGACUAUAUUGAAGUUAAAAUGGAGAAUAUUCAAAAAGAUGCAAAGAAUAACUUUAAAAUACAGAAAUCCAAUAACUUGGUUACAGCUUAUGAUUAUACUUCAAUUAUGCAUUAUGGAAGGUAUGUUUUUUCUAAAAGUCCCAGUUUACCCACCACAGUGCCAAAACCAGACCCAAAUGUGGAGAUUGGACAACAUUUGGGUUUCUCUGAAUUAGAUGUUUUAAAGAUAAACAAGCUGUAUCAGUGCAAGGUAUGUGGAAACCUACUCACUAAAACUGAUGGAAUUUUCACCUCUCCAGACUAUCCAGACAUGUAUCCUAGUUUUGCCAACUGCAAAUGGAUAAUCAGGGCACCUUUGAAGUAUAAGAUCAUCAUGGAAUUCGAUUUCUUUUACGUUCAACCAUUUAUAGGCUGCUAUCGAGAUCAUCUAAAAAUUUAUGACGGUUCCAAUAUUCGCUCACCAAUUCUCAAAGGACCAGCUUGUGGCAAAGUGGCUCCAGCAGUGAUCUCUUCCCAGCAUAAAUUGUUAAUUACAUUUUUCUCGGGUGGACAGAAACACGCUCAUGGUUUCAGUGCUAAGUAUCGAUUUGGUAAAAUCUUGGUAUAAUAAUUGGUGUGUUCUUUCAAUUUAUUUGUGUAGAUAUCUAUAUAUAAAAAAGAAUUGGAAGACUGUAUAUAUUUCACUGUGGGUUUUUUUGCCCAUUUUCCAGUUAGAUGUGGAGAAAUGCUGACUGCUUCACCAACCAGUAUUGUAGGUAGAGUUGAACAUAAAGGUUCCAUGAAUCCACAUGAA